AUGCUCGCCACCCUCCCCCCGCUCCUCGUCCUCACCGUCCUCGACGCGCUCGCGCGGCCGGCCUUCGCGCGCGCGCUCCCCUCCCCUCCCCCAACAUCGACACCGACCACCAGCAGGCGACAGGCUCGCCCUUCGGAUGGACACCACCCCGUCUCCGUCUCGCGCGCGGAGGGCGCCGGCGUCGGGCUCGGCUUCACCGCCGCGGAGGACCAGCUGUACACGGCGACGCUGUACGUGAACGGGGUGCCGUACCAGGUGCUCCUCGACACCGGCAGCGGCGACACCUGGAUCGACCCGCUCUCCGUCGGCGGCGCGGUCCCCCCGGACCUCGUUCCGACCGGGGUGAACUCCACGCAGAGAUACGUCGACGGCUCCUCGUUCUCGGGCCCGAUUGUCCUCGCGGACGUCCAGUUCGGUCCUUACACGGUCCACAACCAAGCGAUCUCGGUUGCGUACGGCGCGGUCGCGACCUCGCCGUCGACGGAGGGGCUGUUCAACGGCGUGCUGGGUCUCGGAGGCGUCGACCUCUCCUCCGUCUACACUCGGCUCCGCAACACCAAGUGGGAGGCGAACGCGGUCUCGACAAUGUUCAACGUCUUCGCGCACCUCCCGGACGAGCCUGCGUAUUCGACUUGGCUCCCGAGUCGCAACGAGAUCGGCUUCGCGGACGGCGGCGUGUUGACGUUCUCGGAGGUCCUCGCAGACAAGACGGACGUGCUCACUGCUCCCCGGAUACCGAGCGUGUUCACGAGCAGCUGGACCGCGCUCCUGGACGGGAUAUACAUCAACGGCCGGUUCCUCUCCGGAGGGUCGACCGCCACCAAUGCACUCGCGAACCGUACGGUCGUCCCCGAAGGGAGCAUGGUGGCGUCGCUCGACACGGGCACGUCCUUCAUCCAAGGGCUGAAGCGCUACGCGGAACAGGUCUACGUCGACGUGCCCGGGGCGCGGCGCGAGGUCCAGCCCGACGGCGACGAGCUGUGGCGCCUCCCGUGCGACACGAAGGUCAACGUCUCCCUCUCCUUCGGUGGGAUCGAAUACCCCAUACACCCCGCCGACCUCAGCAGGGUCGCAGUCCUGGACGACGGCGAGCUCGCAUGCUACGGCACUUUCGUCGGGACCGAGGUGCCCGACCAAGACUUUCUUCUCGGCGACACGUUCCUGCGGAACGUCUACGCGCUGUACGGAUACCCCGACCCGACCGACCCGCACGCGACGCCCUACGCGCGGCUCCUCAGCGUGACCGACCCCGCGCGCGCGUGGGCCGAAGCCGACGCCGUCCUCGCCGACCGCCUCCGCGCGUUCGAAGAGCCCGCCGCCGUCUCCUGGGACGAGGACGAGGACGAGGACGAAGACGAAGAGGUCUCCCCCACCGCGCGCCCGUCCUACACCGGCACGCGCCCCGUGCUGAGCCUCGUCUCCUCCCCCACCCCCGCCCACGCGCCUGCCUCCCCCAGCCCCACCGUGUCUGCGCCCGCCUCCUCCCUUCCAUCGUCGUCGUCGUCGUCCCCCGCGCUCUGGAUCGCCGCGGUCGCGCUCGGGUGCACCGCGCUCGCGCUCGCCGCACUCGCGUGGGCCGCGGUCGCCCAGCGUCGCCGCCGCACGCGCCGCCGCCGUGGCGCGUUCGGCGCCGGGCGGCGCCCGGGCGAGAAGUGGGGCGCGGAGGACGCGGCGGACGAGGAAGAGGAGGUGGAGCUGCUCAGCGCGGUCUCGGACGACUCGCCCGUCGUCGCGCGGCGGGUGCGGCCUUGGUGA